GAAGGCAAGCCAGCCAGCCAGCCAGCCAGCCAUCGAGUGUGGAAAGGAGUUAGUCGCGCAAGCUUGCAGCACCGAACCCUGUGGAUUUAUCUCAGUUGGCACCAAAGUCCGCUACCAAAGAAGCAAGACUGGCUAUUUUUCCCCUGCCCUUCCGAACAAAAAAAUCUCCUCCUUUUUUUUUCUCCCCCGCUGGGGGGGUUGGAAAAUUUACAGGCUUUUUUCUCUCUCUCUCUCUCCCUCUGCCCCCCACGGCCCCAGCCGGGCGAGGGGAGAUCCUGAGGACCGGCGCCCUCCACCCCCCCUCCCCGCCAGCCUUAGCAGUCCCCUUUCUGCAGGAUUGGGUCCCGCACCAUGGCUGGAGCGUAGCUGUCCGCCCGCCCCCCCCCGCCCGCCGUGCCUCGUGGGCCAAAACGCCGCAUGGGCCCGGUGUGGGGGGGGAGUCAGCCAAUGAGAAAGCAGCGCCGAGGACGCCCCCUGCUUCGACCUCGUUAGGAGACUGUGGUGAAAGAUGGUUGGUGGCUGCGUGAAGGAGGUCGUGUGAUUGGCUGUCUUCCAGGAGAAAGCGAGCGAGCGACAGAGCGCACCACAGAGACACCAAGAGCGCCGGGAUCACAGCACAUUAUAUGUGGCAGUGACUGGAGAAAGGAAUAAACCAGAGGAAACGCUACCGGCAGCGACUGGGUGGGGGCACCCGUCGCUCAGAUCCUGGGGGGGUGGAGGGUGGGGUACCAAGACGCGUCCACUGCGGCAGGACAGACUGGAUGCAUCGCACAGUGGAACAGUUGGGGGGGCGUGCUGGACGGGAUCCCUUUUCUCUCGGCAACCUGGGCUGCAGCGGAGCCUGGAGUCCGUGCCACUCUCGCCCAUGGCUUCCGGGCGGCAGGUGCUCUGCCAGUGUCGGUCAGCCUCAGCUGCCCCCACACCUGCCGCCCAACCAUGGCUCUAACAUGGGGCAACACGGCAAGGGCUAUUACCCCCCAGGGAAUCUGGUCCCCCGCCCCCCGCAUGGGAAAGUGGAGGCCAUCCAUGGCUGCGUCCAGGCCCUGCUGCGAGAUCAAGGGCAGCCCCAGCUCUGGGAACAGCUGGGCGAGAUCUACGAGUCGGAACAGGACUGCGAGGAGGCUGUGCGCUGCUACCAGAACGCCGCCCGCUACCAGCGCGACUACGGGAGCUACGGGGAGAUGCACGCUCGGAUUGGACGCCUUCAGCAGGCUCAGCUGUGGAGCUUUCAUUCGGGGUCGUCUCACCACCGAUCAAAAGGAUCGUUGCCUCCGCUGCAGCAAGUGUGGAACCUCCUGCAUCUUGAGAAGAGGAACUUUUCCGCGAAGCGCAACCCCCAGCUGAAGCGGCCCGGCCCUCCGAUGGAGCCGCCCGUGGUCCAGCCCAUCGCUCCGGUCCAGCACCCGCCCCACCCGGGGCACGGUGAAGAGAUGCCCGCCCCCAUGAAGAGACGAAGGAGUGCCAGCCCCGACCAGAAUGGUAACGGGGUGGGCCAGCAUCAGCCUGGGCCGGGCCUCUCCGGCCACCCCCACUACCAGCUGCCUAAGCCCGGAUUAUGGAACCCCCUCCACGGAGACUCGUGGGGUCAGGAGCGCAAGAACGUGGCUGCCCCAGAGAGACAAGAGCAGAGGAACUCGGUGGCGCAUCCCUUCCCGUACCCGUCUCCCGCCUACGGCUCACAUCCGCCCCCGCACCGCCCGCCGGCCAUGGCGCCCAGCCCCCGCACACCGCCAGCACACCGCGCCCCCCUGGAGAGCCACGGCUGCCUGGCCCGGCACAACGGAAGUGACCUUAGAGACGGCCGAGCCGCCCGGGCGCGCCCCGAAUCCACCGCCACACCAGCAACCGUCGCCUGCGUGCCUUAUGCCCCGCGCCCGGCGCCAGCCGGGCCCCCCGCCACCAGCAAGACCGCCUCGCGGGGGCAGCCGGCCCCGGACAGCCUUGGUUCUGAUCAUUACCAAACCCCGGCGUUGGAGCAGCCCAGUCCCGCCCCGGAGAGCAGUGGGCGCAAACCAGCCCCCCUUCCACGUCCAAUUCCCUCCUGCCUCGCCCCCCGCAACCUGCCCUGCUCUCGCCUGCCCCCGCCCCCACCCAUCACCAGGGCGGUUCCACCGGUGGUGGUACGGCCCCCUCCCGCCUCGCAGUGCCCGCCUCCUCCCCCGCCGCCGCCUCCUCCCCCGCCCCCUCCAUUGCCGUGGCUGAAAGGUGCCGGGUUCAGUAACAAAGCCGGGGAGGGGAAGCCCAGCGGGGACCCCCUGGGCGAUCUCUUGUUUGCGUGUGGCGAGCCCCGUCGGGGGGAGCCUCCGCCUCCCCCACCGCCUCCUCCCUUGACAGCCUGUGAAUCGGGACGCAACUUCCAGGAACCCGACACCAGCGGUCAGAAAGGGGCUUUCUCUCACCCCAGGGAGGAUGCCACGGUCCAGGAGAGCCCCCCGAGGCCCGCCAGCCCUGAGCCCACGCCAGCCCCGGAAUUCUGGCUGCCAGAAAGUGGCCGAGAGGAGAACGGAUCGGGCGGCCCGAGGGCCCUGACUCCGAGCCCUGCAAUUACCUCAGGAACCUUCCUGUCCCCAGAGAGCCCGUCACAGCCACCAGCGCUACCCCCGCCCCCACCACUGCCCCCACAGCCACCCCGGGCCUCCUAUCCAAAGACCCCGGACCCGCCAGUGGCACCCCCAGCCGUGGAGGCUGCCUCCGACCACCUCUUUGGCUUCUCCAGCCCCCCGCUGGAAGACCAAUUCGAGGAGCCGACGGAGUUCUCCAAGAUCUUGCCCGACGGCCUGGCGAACAUCAUGAAAAUGCUGGACGAGUCGAUCCGGCGGGGGGAGGAGGAGCGGGAGGAGAGCUUCCCUCCCCCGCCCCCGCCCGCCCCACUCCUGCCGAGCCCCCCGCCGCUGGCCAGGCCCAAGCCGCCCCCCUCGUCGACCGGCUCCUUCGAUUACCCCAAACCGCCCGGGCAAGAGCCGCCGGAGCCCCCCUGCCUGUACCGGUUCGGCAAGCGAGACAGUGAGGAGCGGCCCCCGCCGGCAGUGCCGGCAGCGGCGGCGGCAGGAGCCAGCGGUGGCAGCAAGUUCCCCCACCACAGCACGGCGUCUCUGCUGAAGUCGUUGGCCAGCGUGCUGGAAGGCCAGAAGCACUCCUACCGGCCCAAGCCGCUGACCCCCGCAGGUGCUAAGAUCCCUCCUCCAGCCGGCGGCAGCAGCCAGGGCGCUGCGGCCCAUUUCUCUACCUCAAGCCAAGCCUGGGUUGGAGGAGCGGGGACGUUAGGGGAGCGAGUGGCCACCCCCCCGCCGCCCCCCGCCCCCCGGCCCAUCAAGACCGAAUCGGAGGUCCUAGAAGAAAUCAGCCGCGCCUGCGAGACGCUGGUGGAGCGAGCGGAGCGGGAGAAGAGCCCUCCGCCCCCCCCCGCCCGCCUCCCCGCCGCCCCCCCCCCACGCCCCAAGGAGGAGUCCCGGAAGCGGGAGCACCGGGAGCACCGGAGACACCGCCGGUCCAGCAAGGACGGCUCGCGGCGCCACCGGGACAGCAAGGCCCACAAGGAGAAGAACCGGCAGAUCCUGGGCAGCCUGGACGUGCAGAGCAGCGAGAGCCAGGCCCGCGAGAACGGGGCCAAGCCACUGCUCAAGCCCCCGCCGCUGCCCCCGCCCCCCGCCGCCGCCGCCCCCCAGCCUGAGCGGAGGCCGCCCCCCGGCAAGAAAGAGGAGGGCCCUGCCGUCGGGAGCGGCUCCACCGUGGUGUGCUCGGCCGACCUGCUCAAGCUGUGCUCCUUCACGGAGGGGCCCCCCAAGGAGCUGAAGAUCCGCCUCAUCAAGGUGGAGAGCGGAGACCGGGAGACCUUCAUCGCCUCCGAGGUGGAGGACCGGCGCAUCCCCCUGGGCGAGCUCACCAUCAGCCAUCCGGCCGCCGAAGUGGUGCGGGCCUGCAAGAAUGCCAAGGUGAAAGGGAAAUUCAAGGAGUCCUACCUGCUGCCCACCCACUCGGUCAAGCCUCAGAUCAACGUAGACGAGAAACUCCCACGGGAGAAGCUCAACCCCCCCACCCCGAGCAUAUACCUGGAGAGCAAACGGGACGCUUUCUCACCGGUCCUGCUGCAGUUCUGCACCGACCCCAAGAACCCCAUCACCGUCAUUCGGGGCUUGGCCGGAUCGCUCCGCCUCAACCUGGGCCUCUUCAGCACAAAGACACUGGUGGAGGCGAGCGGGGAGCACACAGUGGAGGUCCGCACACAGGUGCAGCAACCGUCGGAUGAGAACUGGGACCUCUCGGGGUCCAAGCAAGUCUGGCCUUGUGAGAGCAGCCGGUCGCACACCACCAUCGCCAAGUACGCCCAGUACCAGGCUGCCUCUUUCCAGGAAUCUCUUCAGGAAGACAAGGAGACGGACGACGAGGAAGCCGAUGAACCGGACAGCACCACGGAGACGCCCCCCAGCAACCCUGACCAGAAACCGCACCAGAUUAUCAAGUUUGGGACCAACAUUGACCUCUCUGAUGCUAAACGGUGGAAACCGCAGCUGCAAGAAUUGCUGAAGUUGCCGGCUUUCAUGCGCGUCACGUCGACGGGGAAUAUGUUGAGUCAUGUGGGUCACACUAUCUUGGGCAUGAACACCGUGCAGCUCUACAUGAAAGUGCCAGGCAGCCGCACUCCAGGCCACCAAGAGAACAAUAACUUCUGCUCCGUGAAUAUCAACAUCGGACCGGGAGAUUGCGAAUGGUUUGCAGUCCACGAGCAUUAUUGGCAGAACAUCAGUGCCUUCUGUGACAGGCAUGGUGUGGACUACCUGACCGGUUCAUGGUGGCCCAUCCUAGAAGACCUCUACCAGUCCAACAUCCCGGUCUACCGCUUCAUCCAGCGCCCCGGAGACCUGGUGUGGAUCAACGCUGGGACCGUGCACUGGGUUCAGGCCACGGGCUGGUGUAAUAACAUCGCCUGGAACGUCGGCCCGCUGACGGCUUACCAGUACCAGCUGGCGCUGGAGCGCUAUGAAUGGAAUGAGGUGAAAAACGUCAAGUCCAUAGUGCCUAUGAUCCACGUCUCCUGGAACGUGGCCCGCACGGUCAAGAUCAGCGACCCCGACUUGUACAAAAUGAUCAAGUACUGUCUGAUGCAGUCUAUAAAACACUGCCAGAUGCAACGCGAGAAUCUCGUGCGGUCUGGGAAGAAGAUUGCCUACCAGGGCCGGGUGAAGGAUGAACCGGCGUACUAUUGCAACGAGUGUGACGUGGAGGUGUUCAACAUCCUCUUUGUGACCAGCGAAAACGGCGGCAAGAACACGUACCUGGUGCACUGUGAGGCCUGCGCCCGGAAGCGGAGCUCCUCCCUCCACGGCGUCGUGGUGCUCGAACAGUACAAGACGGAAGAACUGAUACACAUCUACGACAGCUUCACCCUGUCUGCAUCACCAAGUUCAAGAUGAGCCAUACCACGCCCGGACACGGAUGUCUGGGCUUGUCUCUCCACGCUGGUCUCUCCCUUGCUCACCGUGUGUGUGGUGGAGGAGGGUGGCGCUAGCCUGGCCCCGAUCCUUCCCUAAUAGCACCUGAGCCUCUGUUUUCCACCCCUUCACUUAACUCAUGCCUGCCCUGAGUUGGGACAACACAGAACUGGCAAAACAAGACGUUCCCCCAACGGACUCUUUUUAAUUUAUUCUUCAAAAUGAACCCUCAUUUCCUCCUCCUGAGUGGUGCUGAUUUUGUAUUAAGAAAAACAACAAGAAGAAAAACACACACACAACAACCUGAAUUAACAACCACAAAAGGGCAGCGAAACCGGCCAAAAAGGUCGAGGCGGCUUUCUCUGGACGCCCUGGGAGUGGGGCCCUUCUCCUCGCUUUGUGUCAAACUCCACCGUGCCUGAUUCCCCUUGGACAAGGAUUGGGGGGGCUUUUGAUGAACAGAUGAAAAGGGAAGGAAAUAUUUCCUUCUUCACAAGAGCAUUAAUUAUUAUUCUCUCUCUCUCUCUCUCUCCCUCACCGGGGAGGAGAACGAAGGUGCGGACCAGGGAGAAGACUGUGCAUUUGGGGUGCGCAAAUUCGUUUGUUUGUCCUUUUAAUCACAUUUUUUUUCUCUCGUUGGAAAUUUAAAGGAAAAAAGAAAAAAGAGAGAGUUUGGAAAACAAAAUCACAAGCAAGCAAAAAAAAAAAUUAAUACGGGUUUCUUAACACAGGACUUUUAUGGGUUCAGUUCUCUCGGGGUGAACUUCUUGUCUGGGAGGGGUGGGAGAGUGUACAUUGAUUUAUAUAUAUUGGCGGGGUGGGACGGGGCCCGAUUUGCGCGUGUGGUUUUUAAUUAUUCUGAUGGACAUUUGAUUUCUUACAUCCUUUUAUAUAUUAUAUAUAUAAAUAUAAGAAGAAAAAAAAUCUUGGUUUGUAUUAGAAACUGCUUUUAAAAACAAAAAUCACAAAACAUAAAAAAAAAAUAUCCGAGUCCAGUCGAAAUGUUUGUGCGAAGCACAGGACACGAAUCCCUGUGCAAUGAGCUGGGAUGGUGAAAAUAUAACCCUAGCGCAAAGGGUAUGGUGCUUGCCCCAGACCAGACGCACAGGUAGAUGGGAGAUUUUCCUUUUUCUUUUUGCAGAAAGGCGGAGGGAGCGUUAUUUCUACUCUGCCACAACCUCCUUAGGGAUUCUCAUUGCUCACGUAUGACCCCCUGUGCCAAUCCGGUCGGGGGCACCCUAACGAUGAAUCGUAAACUCUGCUCCUCAUCCUCCUUAACUAUUAAAUACCUUCCCACUCUUCACCUGUAGCUGAUAAAAUCGUUUAAACCUUAACGUUAACCUUUUAUUUCCCCCUUUGCUCAAUUUGUUGCCCCGGCCUCCUUCAAUGCUGCAUGCUUUUCGUGGUUUCUACCGUUCUCACUCCUAUUUCAUUUAAAACAAACGUGUCUCAAAUUUGGGGUAAUUUUUCUCCCCCUACUUUUUUUUUUAAUGCCUCAGAACUGUUUUGCAAUUUGUAAAUGAUCUCCCUCCCUCCCUCCCUCUCUCUCUCUCUCUCUCUCUCUAAUUUAUAUGUCUAUUUUUGGUAAUGAUUUCUCUAUUUAUUGGUCCUUUAUUCGGGUUUGAUCCAGCUUUUUCUUCUUUUUUUUGUAAAAAAAAAAAAGCAUUUUACAAUGUUGUAUCUGUUUUAUUUUUUAUUUUAUUUUUUAAGUAUUUCUUUUUUGUCGGUCCUUUUUGGCUUCUCGCUGGAAUUUUUUAUUAUUAUUAUUGUUAUUAUUAUUAUUGAAUUUCUAAAUGUUUUAUUUUUGUCUGUCGAUGUUUUCCUUGACAUGGUGCUCAGUUUUCUCACUGGGGGUGGGGAGGGGAAAUAAAUGCUUGAUUCUGGUUCA